AACAUUCUGUGUCAUACAGAAUGUCCUUCUGUCUCUCUCUGCCUAUGAUUCCCUCUUAGAGCCCAUGUCUGCCCAUUUCUGAGCCUGUCUUGCCCCGUCCCCAGCUCUCACCCUGCCCUUCACGCCAUUGCUCCUCUCACUCUAUUCAUCUCUGCCUCACAGCUCACCAUCACUGCCUCUUCUUUCAUGCUCAGGAGCUCAUCCUUCACCCUGUUUACCUCAUAGGAUGCUGGAGCUGAGCCUAUCCAGGCUGGGACUCGGGCCUGUGGCAGCCUCCCCGUGGCUGCUGCUGCUGUUGGUUGGGGCCUCCUGGAUCCUGGCCCGCGUCCUGGCCUGGACCUACACCCUCUACAACAACUCUCGCCGCCUCCGAUGUUUCCUGCAGCCCCCAAAACACAACUGGUUCUUGGGUCACAUGGACCUGAUUCAGAGCUGGGAGGAAGGCCUCCUGUGCACACAGGGCCUGGCUGGCACCUAUGGGGAUGCAGCCUGCUGGUGGGUGGGGCCCUGGCAUGCAAUCAUCUACAUCUUCCACCCCACCUGUAUCAAGCCUGUGCUCUUGGCUCCAGCUGCCAUUGCACCCAAGGACAUGCUAUUCUAUGGCACUCUAAAACCCUGGCUUGGGGAUGGGCUCCUGGUGAGUGCUGGUGACAAGUGGAGCAGCCACCGUCGCAUGCUGACACCCGCCUUCCACUUCAACAUCCUGAAGCCCUAUAUGAAGAUUUUCACUAAAAGCGCAGAGAUCAUGCACGCCAAGUGGGAGCGCCUGGUCACAGAGGGCCACACCCAUCUGGACAUGUUUGAACACAUCAGCCUUCUGACCCUGGACAGUCUGCAGAAAUGUGUCUUCAGUUUUGACAGCAAUUGCCAAGAGAAGCCCAGCGAAUAUAUCGCCGCCAUCUUGGAGCUUAGUGCACUUGUGUCAAAAAGAAACCAACAGAUCUCCCUGUACAUGGACUUCCUGUACUACCUCACCUCAGACGGGCAGCGCUUCCGCAAGGCCUGCCGCCUAGUGCACGACUUCACAGAUGCUGUCAUUCAGGAGCGGCGCCGCACUCUCCCCAAGGAGAAUGUUGAUGACUUCCUCAAGGCCAAGGCAAAGACCAAGACUUUGGACUUCAUUGAUGUGCUUCUGCUGACCAAGGAUGAAGAUGGGAAGGGAUUGUCAGAUGAAGAUAUCCGGGCUGAAGCUGACACUUUCAUGUUUGAGGGCCAUGACACCACAGCCAGUGGUCUCUCCUGGAUCCUGUACAACCUUGCAAAGCACCCAGAAUACCAGGAGCGCUGCCGGCAAGAAGUGCAAGACCUUCUGAGGGACCGUGAGUCUAAAGAGAUUGAAUGGGAUGACCUGGCCCAGUUGCCCUUCCUGACCAUGUGCAUCAAGGAGAGUCUGCGGUUGCACCCCCCGGUUACCAGCAUCUCCCGCCGCUGUACCCAGGACAUUGUGCUCCCAGAUGGCCGGGUCGUCCCCAAAGGUGUUGUCUGCCUCAUUGAUAUUUUCGGGACCCACCACAACCCAUCUGUGUGGCCAGACCCUGAGGUCUAUGACCCCUUCCGCUUCGACCCAGAAAACAUCAAAGGGAGGUCACCUCUGGCUUUUAUUCCCUUCUCAGCAGGUCCCAGGAACUGCAUUGGGCAGACCUUCGCCAUGACUGAGAUGAAAGUGAUCUUGGCGCUCACCUUGCUGCGCUUCCGCGUUCUGCCGGAUAAGGAGCCGUGCCGGAAGCCAGAGCUUAUCCUGCGCACUGAGGGCGGACUCUGGCUGCGGGUGGAGCCGCUGAGCGCAGGCCAGCAAUGACCCAGCACCUUCUCUCCUGGGAUCCUCCCUGACGCUAGACACCUCAAGUGGCAGAUUGGAAAUCAAAAUUCGUGGUCACCUCUGUCCUAGUCUCAUCAAGAAGACAGCAAGGAGCACAUAGGGUCUGCUAAGUUCCAGGCAGGUGGGGGUUGCUGUAAACCUGUUGGCCUUUAGCAGGGCGGCCCAGAGGGGAACUUGGAUCCCAAGUAUAAGACUACUCAUUAAGGAAGUCCAACUGCUUGAUGCAGAGAGGGUCAGAUGACCUUGGACUUGCUCCCUGCCAUAGUAAUGUAAAGGUCACCGUCCCAGUCUGCCAUUUACUAGUUGUUUGGCUUAAGAAAAUUGUUUACCUCUCAGUUCCUUUAUUACAUAAUUGUAGCCACUUUACUGGGCUGUUGGGGAGACUGAAUAAACAAGCAUAUGCAAAAUGA